CCACAAAAUCCAAAUCAAAAGAUAAUGCGAUUCCACGGCAUACCGAGUCCACGGUUUCAAGAAAAGAGCUUCAAGAAAAUGAGGUUAGCAAUGCCUCCGCACAACAAAAAAAGGAGGUUAGCAACGCCUCCGCACGGGUAAAAAGUUCUGGUGCUAAGAAGACCGUAGCUAGGAAAAAAACUACCACCAAGUAUAGGUCGUGCCUCAGGACAUUUCUAGAGAUGACCGAUAUACCGACCGGAGGUGUUCAGACCCUACAUAUGGAGGUAGGGAUUUUCGGCUUUGAUUACGACCAAAUGAUUGGUAAUGAAGACUUCAUGCAAGUUUUUAGUCAUGAAGAAAUCGGCGUCAACGUUGUCAAUACAUAUAUUAGGUUUUUGUAUGACAAAUUGAUGCGCCCCAAUGGUUUGGACGUGUCAUUCGGAUUCUUAGCACCCGCGACCGUCAACUUAGUUUUAAUCUUAAAUAGACCGGAUACCGUGACGGAGUACGUUCUUCGGAUCCUCAUGGACAAUAAAGAUGCGGAGAAGUUGUUUUUUAUACCGUUUAAUACCGGUGGACAUUGGUUGUUGCUCGCAAUCAAUCCUAUCCGAGAAAUUGUGUAUUAUCUUGACUCGUUAGGAAAUGAUUGGACAACAUACCCGGAUAUGAAGGUCCUAAUUGACACCGUCCUACAAGCUUUUCGGGCCCAACGAGUUAUCCAAACCUCAAGGAGGGAGGAAAUCGACUUAGUUAAAAGCAAAAUCGAUCCUAUCUUGGAGGCUAUACAAGCUCUGGAUGGAAGAGAGGAAGAGGCUCGUGUUACCGUUGCUGCAAGGAAUGACGCUCCUGUUCAAGAGCCUACUCUCCUAUCAGGACCUUCAGUUCUUAUUCCCAAUCCCGUUAUUUAUGGUCUUCCUCUUGGUUUCACUCCUCCGCCUGAGGGAACUUGUGUUCCUUAG